CAGAAUAACGAACACAAUGCCCCCCCCUCCUCCCCACACACACACACACACCUACCCCGCCCCGGGGCUGCUGCAGGAACAGACAGGAGAGCAAAAGAGGGGAAGAACCACUCAACCGUUCGCAGAGUUGAGGAGAGACACAUGAUCCUUCUCUCAAAGGGGAUAAACAUUUCAACUGUGGAAGACAACUGAAAAGACUGAAAACUCCACUUGAAUGAGGAAUAUUUGGACAUCCAGGACAGCUUUCACAUAAGGAAAACCGAUGUAAAGAACUGUGGAUACCUAUACAGGUAUUUUGCGGAGUUGCUGUAUACUUUUUCUCUCAGUAUUUCAUCACAUAAAACCACACAACCUGAGCGUUCCUCAGUAUUUCAGGGUUUUGUUUGCCUGUUGUACAUGGUUGGAUUAACAAACUGAACUUUUAAGCUGAUUUUUUAUGCAGAUCUGACUGAUUGAAAAGAACAUUUUCACUCUGUGCAUGUUCCAAACUCACCAGCCUGAUCUAAAGAUGUAUAACAUCACCCUGCAAACUGAUAACAUCAGUACACUGGGUGUCAUUCAAAAUGACAAGAACUGCAACAAGAGCGAUGACUUCAAGUACCCUCUAUACAGCUCGUUUUUCAGCCUGGUGUUUGUAGUCGGAUUUUUCUUCAACAUGGUGGCCGUAUACAUUUUUGGCUGUAGACUGAAGCUGCGAAAUGAGACCACGACAUACAUGAUAAACCUUGUCGUUUCAGACUCUCUCUUCGUUCUCAGUUUGCCUUUUCGGGUUGUUUACUUUAUUAAACGCGACUGGAUGUUUGGAAGUGUGCUCUGCAAGAUCUCGGUGGCCCUUUUCUACACCAACAUGUACGGCAGCAUCCUCUUCCUCACCUGCAUCAGCGUUGACCGCUUUCUGGCCAUUGUGCACCCAUUCCGUUCGCAGGCCAUUCGCACUAAGAGGAAUGCCAAACUGGCCUGCUGCACGGUGUGGGUGUUGGUUCUCUCUGGAAGUAUACCCACAGGGUUUCUUUUGGACACCACCUCACCCAAAUAUGCCAACUCCUCCUCAAACUACUGCUUUGAAAACUACUCCAAAAACCAGUGGAAGUCUGAGCUGUCCAAGGUGGUGGUGUUUAUUGAGACCGUGGGCUUCAUCAUCCCGUUGAUGGUCAAUGUGUGCUGCUCGGUCAUGGUGCUACGGACACUGAGGAAACCGCAAACCAUUAGCCGUGGAUCGAACCUCAACAAGGCAAAAAUCCUGAGGAUGAUCCUGGUGCAUCUGCUCAUCUUCUGCUUCUGUUUCAUUCCCUACAAUGUCAAUCUCAUCUUCUACGCCUUGGUCCGCUCCAGUGUUCUGAAGGGAUGCUACGCAGAAUAUGUGGUCAGAACCAUCUACCCCAUUGCUCUGUGCAUAGCAGUGACCAACUGCUGCUUUGAUCCAGUUAUUUACUACUUCACUUCAGAGACCAUUCAGAGCUCCAUCAAACGCAAGUCCACAGCCUGGCACAAUGGUGCUAAGCUAUUAGACAGACUACAGAUGGACAGUAGUCAAAAUACAACACUGAAAAGCCAGACCCUGAGAGACUGAGAUCAAAAAUGUUUGACAAGGACUCGACGGUCUGAUGACAACUCUAUUAUGUGACAUGAUUAAGCGAUACCCAUUCAGUGGGCAUUGCUGGUGAUUCUGAGGACAUGGGCGGAAGCAGAGUGGCCAUGAACACAUAAACACAAUGUUACUAAGGAGUCACUCUCUCAGUGUCUACUGGACACCACAGAGACUUUAGACUGGGACUUAGGACACUGAUCCUUAUGCAGUCAAUAAAAGAGCAGAGCAAGUCAAACAUCUAAAAAAGUAAAGUGUGCUGCAGACUGAAUAGCCUUCAUGAGGGUGACAAUUCAUGAACGCACAAGUUGGAAAACUCCUCAGUCUGUUAGAGAACGAGUUAUGAAUUUAUAAUGUGCAUUCGUAGAAAUGACAGGUGUGUAAGCUGUAGUCAUGCGAUGGUGCUGCACAUAAGAUGUUGUAAUUGUAGCUUAUUCCAAAGUGCAGAUUCUUCUUUAGAAACCGUAUUCUUUGACAAUGCUGAACCAGUAUUAUAUCUUUUUUUUUUUAUGUUCUGUGCUGUGCAGUUUCUAAGUAUUUGUGGCCUUAUGCAGGCUUUUAAGCACUUUAUAGAGCAGCAUAUUCCAUAACUAACCCUUAUACUGAAAACAAAUAAAAGAGUUAUUAACUUUCAUUUUUGGGGGUUUUAAAUUCACUACUUGUUCGACAGAAUCGGGAUGUUGUGAAAUGUUUGACAUUAGCAGGAUAUCAUUUGUCUGUAAGUCUCUUUGGGUGCUACCAAAUCAUUUGUAUAGGCGUAUUAGUCACACAGGUACAAACAACACAGCUAUAGAUACUGUGGUUUGCCAAGGCCACAAAAGCACAAUGACUCAAUUUCAGAUACAAGCCGUAGGCGUGGUCAACAAUUUACAGCUGCCUUACACGAGACAACGCUGCACUAACACUGCCAACGGCCUUAUCUAGAUAACACUUCUGCAGAAAAUUUAGAAAGGGUAAAAACAUGAAAACCUGGCAAAAAUUCAGAAUCUGCCCCGUUCUAUUUCUGCCUAUGCAACAAGAUUGAAGUAGGAAAUUAAAUUAAUUAAUUAAUGCUCAGUUACAACACAACGAAUGUUCAGUCAACUCCCUGAUGGGAAACACUUAGAAAGUGAAUCAUCUAAGCCAGACUGACUAAAUGUGAAAACACAGCUCAGAAAUAUGGUGCAACUUGAAUACGUGUGAAAUAUUCAGUCCUCCUUGCAAAAGGUGUGUGCUGCAAGACCGAGCACUACUGCAUUCCUGUUGAGAGGCUUAGCCCGAGGGUCUGCACUGACAAGGUAGUCUCAUCAUGACCACAUGCUGAUGUGAAAGAUUGUGAAACCAAAGCAGGCGAGCAACAACAUGCCUCCUAUGGUAGAACGCUUGCAAAGGAGAGCACAGAGUUGGUGGUGGCUGGAAUCGUGACACAUCCGGUGGAUAAUGCACAGCUUAAAAUUGAAACUAUUUCUAAACUCUUACUUUGCUUCUUUUUACAUCUAUGAUACAGAUGGACUUUUUCUACCCAGCACAAAUGAAAU